AUGAUUGAAGAGGAAGUAAUAAAGUAUCCAGAAGUAAAAAGAGAUGAGUCUAUUGUGGACAAUUAUUUUGGAAUUAAGGUUGGGGAUCCAUAUAGGUGGUUAGAAAAUCCUGAUUCUAGCGAAACUAAAAAUUUUAUAGAAAAACAAAAUGCCAUUACAAAAAACUAUUUCAACAAGUGCCCUUAUCGUACAGCCAUAAAUAAUGCAUUGAAGGGAUUAUGGGAUUACCCAAAAUAUUCAUGUCCAUUUCACGAAGGAUCCAGAUAUUUUUAUUUUAAAAAUUCAGGUUUACAAAAUCAAAGUGUGUUGUACACUCAGAAAGAUUUAAGUGCAGAAUCAAAGGUUUUUUUCGAUCCGAAUGAAUUAUCUGAUGAUGGAACAGUUGCCAUGAGUUUGUUUGAGUUUUCCGAAGAUGGAUCUACAUUAGCCUAUGGUCUUUCAUCUAAAGGAUCUGAUUGGGUUACAAUUCACUUUAAGGAUGUCGAAUCGAAUAAAAAAUAUUCGGAAGAACUUACGAGAGUGAAAUUUUCUACCAUUUCUUGGACUCAUGAUAACAAAGGAAUAUUUUAUGGGAUGUAUCCGAAAAGUGUUCAAGUCAAAGACAACGUUUUAGAAACAGUUAACGAUGAACAUCAAAAACUUUAUUAUCACAGAUUAGGAACACCACAAUCGGAAGACAUAUUGGUUCUUGAAUUUCCUGACGAACCAAAAUUUAGAAUAUCUACUAAUGUUUCGCAUUGUGGUAGGUAUUUAAUUAUUUAUCUUCAAAAAGGCUGUCGUGACAAUCUCGUUUAUUUUUGUGAUUUAAAUAAAAUCAAUCAUCAAAUCAGUGGAAAAUUACCCAUCACAGAAGUUGUGAGUAAUUUAGAAGCAGAUUAUGAAUAUGUAACAAACACUGGAUCAGAAUUUAUAUUUAAAACGAAUAAGAAUGCAUCAAAUUACAGGUUAAUUAAAAUUAAUUUUGAUAAUCCUAAAGAAGAUAAUUGGGAGACUCUCCUUAAGGAACAUCCAUCUGAUGUUCUUGAUUGGGUCGUCGCCGUGAAUCAUAACAAACUCGUCGUUUGUUACAUGCACGAUGUAGUCGAUAUUAUACAAUACUUGGAACUUUCCGAUUGUAAAUUAUUACACACGUUCGAUGUCGGAAUCGGUAACAUCGUCGGAUUUUCCGGUAAAAAAAAAUCAUCGGAAAUUUUUUUCAAAAUGACAAAUUUUUUGACGCCCGGAAUUAUUUACAGGUGUCAAUUAAACGAUCCGGAAUUAAAAACCGAGAUUCAUCAAGAGUUGAAAACGGAAGGUUUCGACAGAGAGGAUUAUACUACGAAACAAGUUUUUUUCACGAGCAAAGAUGGCGCACAAAUUCCAAUGUUUGUCGUUCACAAGAAAAGUAUAAAACUCGACGGAUCGAAUCCUUGUUUGCUUUACGGUUACGGAGGUUUUAACAUUUCCAUCAAACCAUUUUUCAACGUUACUUUUACCGUUUUCAUGAAACAUUUAAAUGGAGUUUUGGCAAUUCCCAACAUUCGAGGCGGAGGGGAAUACGGUGAAAAAUGGCACAACAAAGGAAGAUUUGAAAAUAAGCAAAACACGUUCAACGAUUUCAUAUCCGCCGCGGAAUAUUUGAUACGGGAAAAAUACACGAGAAGUAAUUUGUUGACGAUAAAAGGAGAUUCGAACGGGGGUCUCCUAGUGGCUGCUUGCACGAUUCAAAGACCAGAUUUGUUCGGUGCCGUUCUUUGCGGUGCCGGCGUCAUGGACAUGUUGAGAUUUCAAAAAUUUACAAUCGGUUCGGCUUGGGUUUCGGAUUACGGGUCGUCUGACGUCAAAGAUCAAUUCGAAUAUCUUUAUAAAUAUUCUCCACUGCACAACGUUAAAAUUCCAACAAAUGGCGACGUUCAAUAUCCGGCUCUUUUGGUGACGACGGCAGAUCGGGACGAUCGAGUUCUUCCACUUCACUCGCUCAAAUUCAUAGCAGAAGUACAACACGUUUUGCAAAAUUGCCCGCAGCAAAAAAAUCCUUUGCUAAUAAGAAUCGAUACGAAAGCCGGACACGGAUCUGGAAAACCCACGGCUAAACUAGCAAGUAUCGAAGAAGCUACGGACGUUUUAUGUUUCGUCAUUCAAGCAUUAUCUCUUAAAUUUCACGAAAAAUGA